AUGAGCUUCUCAUCUCUCUCCCCCGUGGCCCCGGAGCCUCCCUCCCCGAUGGUCACCUCCGUCACCCCGACCCUGGACCCGGACGCCUCCACCUGCCCCGCCCCUCUGGACCCGGAGCAUCAGCACCAGGACGGGGCCUCGUCUCCUGGUCAGGGCCCCAGCCGGGGCAGCCUCACUGGGGGAGGAGCUCACCUGGGGAGAGACAACUCCCACAGGUCAAAGAAACCUCCGCCCCUCCACACCGGAGCCGACUGGAAGGUCGUCCUCCACCUGCCGGAGAUCGAGACGUGGCUGAGAGUGACCAGCGACAGAGUGACGCAGCUCUCUCACUCCGUGGGACAAGACGGAGACAACAGACAUGUGGACGUCCACCUGGUGCAGCUCAAGGACAUCUGUGAGGACAUCUCGGACCAUGUGGAGCAGAUUCAUGCCCUGCUGGAGACGGAGUUCUCCCUGAAACUGCUGUCGUACUCCGUCAACAUCAUCGUUGACAUCAGGACGGUGCAGCUGCUGUGGCACCAGCUGAGAGUCUCAGUUCUGGUCCUGAAGGAGCGUCUGCUGCAGGGCUUACAGGACUCCAACGGAAACUACACCCGGCAGACCGACAUCCUGCAGGCCUUCAGCGAGGACCAGCACCAGACUCGCCUGGACGCUCUGACGGAGGUGGACGACUGCGGUCAGCUGACCAUUCGCUGCAGCCAGGACUACUUCUCUUUAGACUGCGGCAUCACCGCCUUCGAGCUGAGCGACUACAGCCCCGGUGACGAGGCCGAGGCCCGAUCUGAGCCCGCCGACGGCGAGGAGGACCCCCUCCACGACCUCGAUCAAACUCCAGGCCCAGAUCCUGAACCUGGAGCAGAGGAGGGCGAAGGAAUCCGCCUCUCCAACCUCGAACACCACAACAGUCUACCCGACCUCAACACAAACCUCAACCAUUCUCCCUCAGUAAUACCCACAAUGCAGUGCGGCACCCCAAACCAAGGUGAAAGUGUGAAGCGCCCCCUGCAGGGCGUUAGCCACAGCACCGAGGGGUCGCCCACGCAGCCGUCUCUUCCCAAGAGAGCCGCUCUGUUCUCGGACGGAGGAACUAGGAUGGAGGAGUCAAGGGGAGGUCUGGGGAAGGUCAGCCCGAUCUCAGGGCUCCAGUUCCAGGCCGAGAUGAGUCGGAGCACCCCGUCUCUUAUGGAUCCUCCAGACCGCUCCAAGUUCUGGUUGGAGCUGGACUCAGUUUACCCAGAAAAUGUUUCACAGUCCUACGAGAGUCUGGAGCUCAUGAACGGACUCAACCUCCAGAGAAACCUCGUGAACCCAAAGCAGUUAGGACGCUCUCAGCGGGGCAUCCAGAGAUCUCUGACCGACCAGAAGAACUCAUCUGAGGCCAGACGGACCGCCGAGCCCCCGCCUCUACAGGACCCCUCCUCUCAGGAUGAGAUAUCCAGACAGAUGGAGAGGACGCAGAGGGAGACACUAGCACACAGUGAGGGGGACUCCGACUCCUCGUUGCCCUCCCCCAUGAGGGAGCAGUUCCUCUCCUCAGACCUGGAGGCGUCCGGAGAGGAGUCCGACCCCCGACCGCGACCCGGCAAGACGGCGGUCUGGAUCGUGAGGCGCCAAGAGCAGAAGGGCGCUCAGGUGUCCUCCAGGUCCAGCCCAGACAGGGAGCACUGGUACGGGUCCGAGGAGUUCCUGGCCCUCCCCGCUCAGCUCCGUAAGACGGAGAUGCUCGCUAUGAAGCUGGAGAGUCUGGCUCAGUCCAUCCCCGUGAGUUUAAGGCCCGGUGGCUGUGACUCUACCCAGGAUGCUUUGCAGGAUGUGGAUGACUGGGAUUUGACGGACUGGGACGUAGGGGAGAGCGGGGACGACAUGCCUUCUAUUCUGCCUCCGCUGCUUCCUUACAGACGAAACCUGGUCAGCCGCUUUAGCUCCGCCUCCUCCAGCGACUUUGCUCCCUCAUUGGACGACAGCCUGGAGUCCGGUCCGUUGAGCGACCUGCAGUCUGAGGACGAUGAGGGCCGGAGGUCUGUGGACCGUCGCCUGAGGCCGACGGCGCCCCUGGUGGACAUUCGUGGAGGUGCUUCCCUGGUGCAGCAGCUGCUGGAGGACAUCCAGAGUCAGGACAACGACCCCGCCAUCUGGAGGAAGAUAGAGUGUUUCGUGCAGCAGUUGGACGGGUUCAUCUCGUGGCUGCAGGAGGCGUUGAACAGCACAGAGAACUGGACGCAGCCCAGACAGGAGCUGGACAGCCUGAGGGCGUACCUGGACACACACCUGAGUUUCAAGCUGAACGUGGACAGUCACAGCGCUCUGAAGGAGAGUGUGAUGGAGGAAGGAAGAGCUCUGCUCACCAUCAUCACCUCCCACCAAUCAGGUCUGAAGGAUAUCCUCCAUAUGGUUUCCAGCCAAUGGGAUCAGCUCCAGAGGCAGAUCCGGCGCCAACAUGGCUGGAUGCUCCGCGCCCUCCGCUGCAUCCAGGCCCGCCUCCUCUACUGCGGCCAAUCACACGAGCCCUUCGGAGCCCCGGGGGAUGCGUCGGCCAAUCGGCAGCCUCCGUGCCCUCCGGACGGCCUCAAGGCGGAGCUGAUCUCCGGUCAGUGUGAAGCCCAGCGAGCCGCCCUGGCCGAACAGAUGGCUGUAAAGCUGAGCAGCCUGCACUACCCGUCGGCCGCCAGCAGGAGGCACUACAGUCAGCUGGCGAGGAACAACAGUCUGCAGGAGUUUGAAGCAGAGUACCAGGAGCUCUGGGAUUGGCUGAUGGACAUGGACGCCAUGGUAACAGACAGUCACCAGCUGAUGAUGUCAGAGGAGCAGAGACAUCACCUCUUCAAGAGCAGCCUCGCUGAGCUGAUGACCAUGGAGAGCAAGAAGACCAGCCUGCUGGGCCGAGCAGAGUCUCUGAAGAGGAGCGGCACCGAGCUGCCCGACAACUUCCACCGCAACAUACACAACCUGACGCACACCUGGAGACAGCUGGAGAAAAUCCUCUCGGAGCAUUCUGGACCCGGCUCUUCCUCCCAGCAGAACCAAUCAUUGACCGUGGACUCGGUCGCCGUGGAGAACCGCCGCUCCGCCCUCUCGCCGAUGACCAACUCUCUGCUGGAGCAGCUGGAGGCUCGCAUUAAGGAGCUGAAGGCCUGGCUGAGAGACACCGAGCUCCUCAUCUUCAACUCCUGCCUGGGACGAGACAAAGAGCCCUCGGAGCAGCUCCAGAGCUUCAAGUCUCUGUGUUCGGAGGUGCGAGCUCGACGCCGAGGAGUCGCCUCUGUUCUGAAACUCUGCCAGAAGCUGCUGCAACAGAGCCAGUCGGGCCCCAUGGCGGAGGUGGGCCCAGAGGCGGAGCAGCACCGGGAGGCCCUGCAGCUGCUGUCAAUCAACCUGGAGAGGAGGUGGGAGGCGAUCGUGAUGCAGGCGCUGCAGUGGCAGAACAGACUGAAGAGAGAGCUGGGGGAGAAGCAGAUUCCUGGGAGCGUUCUGGAACCGGGUCUAGUGGACCUCCACCAGAUCAGCCCGGUCCCAGCCGGACCGGUGGCAGCGCCGCCAGAAGACUCCUGGGAAUGGGAUGAAACCGAUAUGACAAUCACAGAGCUAGAUCCGCAAGAAGAACCGGACCUCGACCUCAUGCACAACAGCAUUCUGUCCAAUGGGAAUCAACCCGAUGGGAAUCGAACUGGUGUCCCAGCCGGUCCUGAGAUGACGUCCCAUAUGAGGGGUGGAUCGUCCUCAGAAUUUCGGUUCAAUGGGAUCUCCCAAACUCUUCCUCCUAUCAACAAACAGGUCUACCAGGUGUAUAGCCUCCAUAGUGUGGAAUUAUACAGACAGCCUCAGUUUCCUCACGCCUCCUCCUCGCUGCACAAAUCCAUAACGGGGAAACGGAAACAGCAAAUCCUGCUGAAGAGCCUGAGUAAGGACUCCUCGUUCUCCUCCAUCGAAUCCCUCCCGGACCUCCUGGGAGGUUUGAUGUCAAACACAGAAUACAACAGAAUCGUUGGACACCGGGAUGGGGAGAGUGAGAGCGGCAGAGGAAGCGGCCAGUCGGCCAGCAGUCGGCGAUCGGAGAGCGAAAGCGGGAUUGUUAGCGAUACGGGAGACGCGGAGACGACGGCGACGACAAACUCUGAAAUCCAGGGAGAGGAGGAGGAUCAGGGGGAAGACGAAGAAGAAGAGGAUGAAAAGAAUCAGAGGAAGUUAGAAACAGUUGAAGGGACUUUGCACAAAGGCAAUGUCACAAAGUACAACCAAAGAAACAAGAAAGAAGAGAGUAUGAAGGAAAAAGGAAAAAGAAGGGAUGAAAGUAGAAGAAACAGAGAUGAGGAGAAAAGAAGGAGGCACAGGAAGGGAGGAGGUGAGGCGGUGGAGAUCCUAAUCAACGGGCGAGGAAUCCUGACUCCCGCCGACUCCGACUCUGACUUUGAGGUGGGAGGACUCGGCACAGACUCCUCCAAGACCUUUACGUCCCGCAGUGAUGUCACAGAGUUCAAAGUUGACCCGUUUAACGGUUUGGCGACACCUCUUUCUCUCGUCCGCCGGGCGUCCAGCCCCGUCGUAUCUCAGGGCUCCUCCUUGGAGUCGCUCCUGGCUCUGGGCGGGGAGUUAUUUCCCUCCAAAGACCAGAUUCAUCGUAGCGCCUCUCUGGAAAGCUGCCUGGUCCCGUGUCGUAGCAGUGAGGAGACCGGAGGCAGCCUGGCCAGCCUCGGGGACCUGGACCUGGGUCUGAGCCUAGACCUGGAUGGAGGAGAACCAGCAAAGAACAAUGAUAGUGCACAAGGAGAACCGUCUUCUGGGGAGCUCAGCCGGAGAACCCUUGACCUCCUGAAACGCCUGGAGAACAUCCAGAGUCCUCUGGGGGCAAAGAUGACCCGCAGUGUUUCUGACAUGACGCUCCGGAGCGGCUCCCUGCAGCGGAGCAGACUCCCCGCCUCGCCGUCUCUCGGUGGUCGUCACGCCCCUCUCUCCGGGAUUUCCGGCUCCUCGCGGAAAGGCCCGCCGUCCCUGAUCAACGAGAGUUCGGCAACGGCAUCGCUGACGGAGCUUAGCAGCACAGAGGACUCGUCUCUUGGGUCCGAAGAUUUUGCGAUGCUCCAAAAUCAACGCCACCUCUUCCUGGAUCCCGCCGCGUCAGCCAACGCCAACUCAGGCGCUCAUAGUAAACGUUGCCACGGAAACGGCCGAGGAAGGCACAGCAUGGACGAGGCGGACGCAGCGAGUCUGAGCCUGCUGGUGAACGUCUCCUGUACGUCAGCGUGCACGGACGAAGACGAGGACGACAGCGACCUCCUGUCUUCCUCCACGCUCACGCUCACUGAGGAGGAGCUCGGUGUUCGGGACGGAGAGGACGAAGACGGGGAGAGGUUGAGCGGCGCCUCCUCUGGUAAUGAUGAUGAUGAAGAUGACGAUGAAGAGGAGAUGGAGGGGUCUUACGUCCUGGGGCUGGAGUACAUGAAGAGGGAGCUGCAGAGCUGGAUCCGAUCUCCUCGCAACUCCUCGUCCUCUUCCUCUAAAACAGAGGCGGUCCUCCGGGACGAGCUGCAGUGUGGGACCAACCUGUCCUCCAUCUUCACCUCCUCCUCCUCUCAGAACAAGGAGCAGCACUGCUUUCAGAACCGCACGAAAUCAAUCGAAACCAACACCAACGGUGGCAACAACAAAACGAAAAGAGACACGAGGGAACAGGAGGAAGAGGAGGUGAACCGGAGGAACGCAACGAGAAGCUACAUCAGCCAGUUUGUGGACGACGUGGAGAACGGAAACGUGGACCAGAGCUGUUUGAAAGGGAAAGACGAGGACGACGAACUCCUCCGAGAGGAGUCGAGCGUGUUUACAAAGAAAGGAGAGUCGCUGAGGGAGUCCUACAUGUUCGCCAAAGCAGCAGAGUCAGCUCAGGAAGUCGGCGACUUGAUGGUGAAAACAGAAUCAAAAUCGACGAUGCAGCUUUCUCCGUCGCCGUCCUGCGAGCUCCUCCCCUUCCUGUCCAAACAUGCCUCCUCUUUGGUGGGACAGCUGAGAGGAGAGCUUCCUUGCCACAGCUCCUCCGUCCCCUCGCCUCCUUCCCUCUCUCCCAACGAGGACUGCAGAUCCCACGAUGCAUUGCGCAACAGCAGGCCAGCCGCCGGAGGACGGAAGGCCAUCACCAGCCAGGAGAAGUUCAAGUUCUCGUCUUUUGUGACGGAGCAGACGAGGAGGGAAGUCAGAGACAAGGAAUCGUCCAAGCCUCCCAAAAAACGGCACAAUUCUCACUCCUCCUGCUGCAGCCAUGGUCCCUCCUCCUCCUCCCCCUCCUCCCCCUCCUCCCUCUCCUCCCUCUCCUCCCUCCAUCCACGCAGCGUGGACAAGAAGGAGAACGUGCACGACUUUGUAAUGGAGAUUAUUGACAUGACCUCACUUGCACUGAAGAGCAAAGAGAAUCAGCCCGAAGAGAAGAACCAGACUGACUCCAUGCCGGACCAAAGUCCUGCUUCACUAGCACAGAUCAGAGACAAGGUCCUGGAACACUCCCACCGGCCUCUCCACCUGCGUAACGGAGACUUCUACUCCUACCUGUCCCUCUCCUCCCACGACAGCGACUGUGGCGAGGUCAGCCAGUGCCCCGAGGACCAGAGCUCCACUCCGGCGCCGUACAGCAUCCCGGCGUCGGCCCGCUCCUCUCCGGGCCUCGACUCCAACGACGACCUCCGUGCUCUGGAUUUGAACUCCGAGUUUGGGCCGACCAGCCCGUCUCCGUCUCUGCCCCUGAGCCCGGACAUCAGGGACGAGGAGACCCUGUUUGCAGCGUGCACGGAGGAGGUUUACCUGGGCCCGCCUCUCUGCUACAGCAUGGUGCUCACCAAGAAACCACGGCGUAGGAUGAUGUCCUCCUUGGACCCUGACUAUGAGCUGGAUAACAGUUUAGCUUACUUGCCUUGUUCCAGAGCACGUGAUAGUCUGACCUACCUGUCUCCCUCAGAGGAGUUUGUGUUGCCUAGAGACCAGGAUCACCUGUAUUUCCAAGCAUCCAGUCCCACAGAGGGAACACUCGGCUCCUCGUCUCCUUUCCUGGAGCCUUGUCACAGCUCUCCUUCCACCUCCCUCCAGGGGCCUGGCUCCAAACCAAACGCUGACAACCUUUCCUCUCCUCCUGCUUUUCCUCCCAUGUCCUCUGGCGCCGAGCAAGAGAGGCGAGGUGAGGCCCCGUACCUCCUCUGUGAUGUCGCUGGAGGAGAAGUCGUGGCCGCUGCGAGUGUCGGCGUGCCGCGGGAGGAGAGGAGUCGUAAUGAGGGGCCUCCUUAUCUUAAUCCCCGGGCGCGUGGCCCGAUAGACUCCUCCGCAGCCCAAUGUUUGGCAGAUACUAAAACGCUCCAAUCCAAUAUGGGCGCCGUAAUGACCAAGAUAAGUGUCUGCAGCUCUGCUACAAAUCCCUCAAAAGAGCCAGCCGCCGCCGCCACCACCACGCGUAUUAAUCCCAAAAUUAACUGCUCGGCGAUGAGAGAGGCAGAUAGGGAGGAGUGGGGGAGGCGGGGGGAGGCGGAUGCUCGGCGAGGGAGGAGCGGCUCGCAGCAGGAAGCAAAGACUGUGGCGGAGAAGCAGGUUAAGAGUCGGUCGUCCGUCAGUCACGCCACCAGAGAUGCACAAAGCUCAGUGAGACCGCCGACCUGCAGGACCAAGACAGUCAGAAGACCACCUGUACUGGGGUCAGGUACCUCCAGGAUCCAGCUGUGA